ACUUUAUUUUGGCGACACUUCUUCCCUUUUCUCUUUGUCUCGAGCCCGGACAGAAGCGUUGACUCGCAGCUUCGCGAGGGCGGCUUAUCUAUUGUUCCACCCUUACAGUGCGCUUCAGCUUCAAGCCUCGAAUUCCUUCACGAGCAUACCAAUUGGAAUCGUCAAAUAUGGCAUCAUGGAUACUCUGGGCACCCUCCCCGAUGUUGGCGUUGGGGGCGAGAAUCGUGAGAUCAAUACUCGGAGGCGAGAUAUCCUCAUCUAUCGACCCAGAUUAACCGCGCCGCGCUUCGAUAUGAUGUGAGACUAAACCCGGGUACCUUGCUCCUGCUGCAUUCAGUUGGAAUCAUUCUUGGGACCGAAUCAAAGAAGUGGGAUAGCACCCAUCUGAAUGGCAGCUAACGAUUCAAACCAUGCAUUUUGCUGCGCCCGUCUGACUGCAGCCAUGCAGGUAAUGUGGGAAGCGCUUCGGCGGCAAACCAUUCUCGAUCUUGUUUCUAUGCAAUCAAAACCGAGCUUAUGCAUGCAGAGCGAUGAUUAAGCCCACGAGGCUGAAGAAUAAGAUAUAUUUGGGGUCGAAAAGACGAAAGGCUGCAGCUCGCUUGGAUGAUUGUCGGACUGAACAACUCCAUUGGGAAAAUUCUCUUACUUGGAGGAGGGAGAGAGAGAGCAAAACUGAUCUCCAAAUAGCCUUGAGUUACUGCUCCAUUUCUCUGCACAAUCAUUUGUGGAGAUUAUGACCCUGCUUCAAUGAUGCAAGCUGGGUCUCACCGUUCCCAAGAUCUCCAAUUGCAUGCCCCCAAUAUUUUCAGUGAACACCAUCGUGAAGAUCAAUGUGGAGUUGGUAAGAGGCUCUUGAUAUGGUGUUUUGCUAUAAGAGUAGCAGUCUGCUACUCCAGUUUCUCGUUUCUGUCUCAACUCUCAAGUCAAUCUUCCAACCUCAAAUUCAACUGCCAUUCUAGUUACCUGGAGAGCGAAAUACUUGUUACACUGAAUCAAGACACAGAGCACGAUGUCUACAACCGACUUAAAUGUACACUUGGGCGUUUGGACCAACUGGGCCAAAGGUUCUUCCGAAGGACGAACUCUCACUCUCACAUCUCAGAAUGGAACCAUCCUCAUCGCAGCUCUUGCUCUCUUUGUCUCUAUUGCUGCAGCUCAGUUCUGGGGCAUGCUCUCCUUCUUCGUCCACCAAUUGAGAACGAGUCGGAAGCCUCAGUACGGCAUACAUUUCCAACAACAAACGACCCUCCGAAACCAUGGCUCACCUCUCGCUACCGUCUGGCAGUUGGUGAAAAUUUCUUGGGCAUGGCGCUCGCAAUCUGUUGGCAGCUUCAAAAAAUCCAUUGGUCUUGUCAUGCUCGGCUUGGUUUACCUGAUGAUGUUUGGCGCUGCCUCCCUCUUUUCUUCAAGAGUUGCCACCGCCAGCGAUGAAGUUCUUGUUCGAAGUCCAAACUGUGGAAUUUGGAUCUUGAGCCCAGAUAUGUCUAGCGAUUUUGAUCAGGCCACAGACUUCAACGUACAUCAAAGAGUGAAUGCCGAUUUGAGUAAAUCAUAUGUUCGUGAUUGCCUCAGUGGUUAUCAGUCUUCACCAGAAUGCAACAUCUUCAAACAACGAGCUAUUCCGUACCUAUCCAUGAAUAACGCAACCUGUCCCUUCUCACCCGAAAUGUGCCUUGGCUCUCCAAACACAGCUCUGAGCUUUGACAGUACGCUGCUCGACUCGAACCAUGAUUUCGGCAUAAAUUCUUUGCCUAAGGAUAGAGUCUCAUACCGAAAGGUAGCCACAUGUUCGCCUGUAACUACCGACGGUUACCUUGAAAGUGGAGAGUCUGAAUUGAAAGGGAGAGGAUACAAUUACACAGCUGCUCAUUAUGGUACCAACAACAUGAUGGAUUCGAGCCGAGAUAUGUAUGGUGGUGUGGACAACGCAACAUAUGUUCACACCGACUAUAAAGCACUGGAGCUAGGGUACGACGUUCAGUCAGGAGCACCACUCUAUUCGGUUUUUGUUGCAUCUGCGCCUCCAACCUCGCCUCAUUUGGGCUUUACCCCAAUCGAAGCUCUGAAUGCUCCAAAUAGUACCGUCUCACUCGUUUUCGCAUCUUUCGAUGGGUACAGUGUGGCACCGAGCGAUGACCUUUGGCUUCCAUCCCACCAAAAGUCCGAGGUAUCGGUAUACGACCCGGGCUUUGCACCACGGAACGUCACAAUCUACAAACCAGACAAAUCGGUCAAUGUACUUGGAUGCACUGAACAACAUCAAUUUUGUAACCCUAAUCGCCCAGCGGACUCUGAGUCAAGAUGUACUCCUCUGAUGGACUGGGGGACUCUUGGGCUGCUCUUUGAUAAUUACACCUCCGAAAUCUUGGAUACAAACCAUCAGAUAGAAGCACUCACCAUAAUCAUGUAUGCUGCUCUUGCUGCCGAACUGCGAAACACGGUCCCAUACUUCCAUGCACCUCUUCUAGCAAGCGAUUACACUUCUGGGUUCAUGUCUAGUGCCAUGCCCCCCAAUCAAUGGCAACUCGAAACUGAGAACUGGUUCUCAACCGGGAUGAACAUAAUCCAACGCUACGUCGCCGAAACCGCCACAGGAGCUCCAGGUAAAUACGCAAAAUACACAACCAAUUCCCAAGCCAACGCUACCGAACUCCAAUGGUUCUGCGCAAACUACAUCAUGCGCGACUCAGCCUACCAAUCCUUCUCCAUCCUCGCACUAAGCCUCAUCGCUGGCUUCGGCGGCCUCGCCAUCUUCGCAAGUCUCUGGCUCGAAACAACCAUCGGCUGGAUCCAAACCAAGCUCAACCGCGGCACCUUCCACAAGAUGUGCUGGAAGCUCGAUUCAGCUCUCCAGCUCCAGCGCAUGGCGUACGAAGAAGCCGGUAUGGGCAAUUGGGUCAGAUGCGCUGACGAUAUCCCGCUCACGGAGAAGGGAAAUCAGAUUUCGCUGCCGGCCGAGUGGGAUGAGUGGCAUCCUACUGUUGCCGGGAGACCAGUGCCGCAUACGCCGAUGUUUGAUGAUGGGAGGGCUGUGAUGAUGCAGAAGCAGAGCACGAUGGUUACGGUGUCGUCGGAGACUACGCUGGCGCCAACGGUAGAGAGACGUCCUACUUUGCUCAGGCUGUCGUCGGACGAGGAGACUAGCCGAGAGGUCGAGGAAGCGGAUGUCAUUAGUCCUGUCACCCCGCCUAUGUCGCCUACAAUUCCAGCGGCGAAUCCAACUCCUAGUCCGCUGAGCAAGGAGGUGGUCGUUGUGGCUGUUCAGGAGCAGAGGGAUGGAUCCUCGUAGAUGGGCACGCCUUUUGUUGAUGAGUUAUGACUUGACGAAUGAUUUGGAAUUUUGUUGCGGUAGGGGAUCUAUUCCUAGAGGGGUAAUUAAUGGACGUCUUGAUAUUAAUGAAACUUAUUUUCACUUCCACAGUGCAUUCAAUUACCCUCUCAGGAAUCAAGAUGUUAUAAGUUAGGGAAUCGGGCUUCCGGAAAGCCAUCAACACCAAUGAAGUGAGGAGAUAUUGUCCAUGGGGGAAAAUAAUGCUUCUCUGUCCCUAUACUAUAGCCGGGCCACACAUUCUAAUACACAACAACAAUUUGGCU